AUGCGCUCCCUUCCGACAGGUGUCCAACGCUGGACUACAAAGCAUGCCGUGGGUAUGUGUGAUGUGGGGAAGUUCAAAGUCCGGUGGGGUUCCGCUGACUCAGCUGCGUGCCCCUGCUGCGGCGAGUUUGAGGACAACUUUCAUGUCCCUCGGUGCAUGGCGCCCUCUGUGAGUGCGGAAUGGGAUCGCCGGACGGCAACCUUGGACCAAUGGCUGGAUGCUCAAGUCACUGACCCAGCCAUCAAACACGCUAUCCUUCAUCUUCUUCAAGGGGUCCGUGAUUCGUCCCUACCUUCCAGUCGGGUGGUUCCGGUUUGUCUUUGCAGCGCCUUCCUCUCCCAAAAAUGCAUCGGCUACCAAGGAUUAUUGGAAGGCCGGCUGUCUGUUCAGUGGGCGGCCCUGCAAGAACAGUACCUUCAGUCACGAGGGAGCCAACGCUCUCCGACCCUGUGGGUCUCUCGCCUGUCGCAUCAGCUGAUCUUGCUUGGAUUUCAUAUGUGGGAACACCGGAACUCCGUGCAACAUUCGGAGGACAACGUACAGCUACGCAAACGUAGCCGAUUGGUGAACGACGGUAUACACUCUCAGUUUGAUAUGUGCCCAACCGACCUCUCCAUGGUAGUUCAACGUAUGCUCGCCGUGAAACGCAGAACAGUGUUGAACAAGCCGCUAGUCGAUAGGGAAGAGUGGCUGAAGCUGGUUAGAAUGGAACGCAUGGCCUACCGCCGCGCUCUGGCGCCUCAACGCCGUAUCCUUCACCGCUUCUUCCACCCGGCCCAGGCCCCUUAA